AUGAAAAUGUUUCUCAAGCAUCCAGAAAUUAAAGAUUUCGCUAAGAAAAAUGACCAUAUUUAUUCUCAGUCAAUACAAUCUCCUGGCAACUGGGAAAGGGUUAUUGAAGGGAUACACGGAAUGAGAUCGGCAGAAUAUGUACUUGUGGACUCCAUUAACACGGAUGAGGGGAUGAAUUAUCUUCAAACUAAGGAAAGAAAAUUUGCUGAACUGGUUGGUUCAUUGUUAUCAAGCCAGACCAAGGGUCAUUUUACACAUGAAGCGACACGACGACUCCUAAAAAAUGGUCUUUUGAGUGCUGAGACAAUGGAUAAAGCUGAUGAAGCCACCAUAAAGAGCUUGAUUUACCCGGUUGGAUUUUACACAAGAAAGGCUCGACAACUUAAACAAGUUGCAAAGAUUUGUAUCUAUAAAUAUGAUGGAUACAUUCCUAGUACAUUGGAUAAUUUGCUUCUACUUCCAGGUGUUGGUCCGAAGAUAGCUCACCUGGUUAUGAUUAUAGCCUGGAACAAAGUUGAAGGGAUUUGUGUAGAUAUCCACGUGCAUCGUGUUAGUAAUUGGCUUGGUUGGGUCUCACAGCCUGGAACAAAAUGGGUAUGCUUAAUUCUAUUCAAAGAUGAAGCUUCACUGCUGAUAAGCAACUAG